GACUUCGAAUAUUGUCUUUCACCGUAGGUCUUUUGUUGGUUCUCUGUUAAUUCUUUUUUAUUAAUUUCUAAGUCUCCGUUGCACUUAACCCAUGUCAAAUUACCGGGAUUUUUGAAAACCAAAGGCCUGGCGCACAUUCAGAAGCCGGCUUUUUCCUCACAAAAGACUAUAGUGAAGAUAUUUAAAGACACUCCUCGGCAUCAUAUAGAGGAGUAAUUCGCCUUACAACUAUUGAUGACUGACUCAUUUUAUCUUCGUUAUUACGUCGGACAUAAAGGAAAGUUUGGGCACGAGUUUUUGGAAUUUGAAUUCAGACCUGAAGGAAAAUUAAGGUACGCAAAUAACUCUAAUUACAAGAAUGACACAAUGAUACGGAAAGAAGCAUAUGUAAGUAAAUCAGUCAUGGAAGAGCUGAAAAGAAUUGUGCGGGAGAGUGAUAUUAUGACAGAGGAUGAUGCGACGUGGCCUGUUCCAGAUAGAGUUGGUCGUCAGGAGCUCGAGAUUGUGUGUGGAGAUGAACACAUCUCAUUUACAACUUCUAAAAUAGGAUCCUUGAUUGACAUUACCAACAGCAAAGAUCCAGAUGGUUUAAGGACAUAUUACUACCUCGUUCAAGAUCUCAAAUGUUUGGUGUUUUCAUUGAUUGGACUGCAUUUUAAAAUAAAACCUAUCUAACUUUCCAAAAAUCAAUUUUACUUCUUUGUUACAAAAUAAAACGAAAAUCUGUGUGAGCUGUGUGCCAAACGAUGGCCGUGUAUAUUUCUAAUAGUGGCUCAACCCGACUAGUUUGAAAAUGAAAAUUAGCAAACAAAUGAAACCGUUUGAGUUGUCGCACAAUAUAGCAAACGGAGUAAAACAGCACGAAAGCAAAGACAUUUUCAGCUUUCAUUAUUCACCAGCACAGUGAAUCCAUCGCUCACUAAACUCCACAUA